AUGGUUAGUGAUGAGCUCCUUGAUAUCUCAAGUAAGAAGUGGGAACAAUCAAGAGCAGCUCUGUCCAGCAACAACUUCUACAUGGCCGGCCGGAGGGGGGGGAGCGGCCUCUGUGUCGUGUCCGGCCCCGCCGGUGGCCGGAGCGGCUCUCGGCGGCGGCGGCACCACGUCCCGGGGAGCGGGGUGAAGAGCGAGUCCAUGAAGCGCUUCCGGGAGCCGCGCUGGGACGAGUACGCGCCGUGCUCCCGCCAGCUGCUGCGCUACCGCCUGGGCCGCCGGCUGCUGGAGCAAGCGCACGCGCCCCGGCUCUGGGACGACUCGGCGUCGUCCGAGGCCUCGGGCGCCGGGGGUCCCGCGGCCCCCGGGUCUCCGCCGCCGCCUGCCGAGCCCGCUGCGCGGGAGGAGACGCGCCGGCGGGUGCGCGGGGCCCCGGGGAAGCGGGGCGCGGAGGCCCGCGACGCGGAGGGCGCGGCCCUGCCAGCGCCGCCAGUGAGAGAUGGAGAAGAAAAACCGGAACAACAAAUCGGAACCAGAGAGACUGACAGGUUACCUGCCGGCGUCGACCCACGACAACAACCAAGUGCCUUAUUUGCUAGAGGAAGCAGGAGAGCAGGCAAAAGUCCUCAAAGACCAUCCUGUAAGAUAAAAGAAAACAAACAUCCAUUUGCUCUCUAUGGCUGGGGAGAAAAACAAGCAGACACAGGAAGCCAAAAAACUCACAACGUCUGUGCGUCUGCCCCUGUGCAUGAGAUUCAUGGAUCAGCAUUACGAGCCAAGAACAGAAGACAGGUGGAAAAGAGGAAACCGGUGGCUCAGAGGCAACGCGCUCACUCAGUGGAUGUGGAGAGGAACAGGCGGUUGAAGGCACCCUCCUUGGAGAAUCCGUGGAUGAUAGAGUACAUGCGCUAUUACUCUGCAAGAGCCUAG